GUUAUAAAAACUCUUGGUAUUGUUACAUUUUUGAACUUGAUCAGGCCUAGAAAUCAUAGACGGGAGACAACGUGGACGACUCUUGUGAUCUUCAGGGUUGCGUGACUAAAACAAUAUCGCACUAAAUGAACACGAACAAUAUGUCAAGAAUGUUGGCUACACGGUGUAUUUUGUUGACACUUCUGCUCAACACUGUAUGCUCAUAUAAAGUGCUGAAAGUGUAUGAAGCUGACGAACCCAUGAAUUUCGAGACAGUAAAAGGUUGCCCAGAGGAAGCUGAAAUACUUCACUGUAAAGCUGCACCAAAACCAACAACCAGUGCUACAACUGCGCGACAAAAAUCCACUACCACUACGCCCGCCCCAGUCCCUCCCAGCGUCCAGCCAUGUCUCAAGCGAACAAAGGCCGGCAUCAUCUUUUUGCUGGACGCCUCGUCUUCGAUUGGACCAUCGAACUGGAAGAAACAGGUCAAGUUCGCCUCUGACGUCACGGAGGGGUUCAACGUUGGACAGGAUGACGUCAGAUUUGGGACAGUUAUAUUCAACAGCGACCCCAAGAAAAUAUUUGAUCUGAAUGUCUAUUUCAAUCACACGAGCUUGUCUAAGGCUCUGCUGGACAUAAAGUACCCAUUUCUAUCCGGCACCAAGACGUACAAAGGUCUACAGUUUAUCUUAGACGACAAAAUGUUCAGCUCUGCUUCAGGCGGUAGACCAGACGCCAAUGAUAUCGUCAUAGUUAUGACGGACGGGAAGUCUGACAAUACGAAGCUGACCGUUGAGACCGCUCAAAGGCUUAAAGAUCAAUAUAUUACAUUGAUUGCGGUGGGGAUUGGUGAUCAGGUCAAUGAAAUUGAAUUGACGACAAUAGCAAAUGAUCCAAGCUAUUACUCCAAGGCGAAUGACUUCGCAAAUCUGGAUUUCAUUAAACGUGACCUGGUCAAGAUGACAUGUGACAAUAUUUGACAGCUUUAUGAGCCUCCUGCCAGUCUGUGACUCCUCUGAUAAGUCAACGACUUUAGCAGAAAGAUCUAAUAAAAUAUCAGAGAACUAA